GCCCUUGAUACUCACCCACACCCCACCAUCCCAAUUCCUUGACGCUCCUUGCUCAGAACACUGUCGUUUCUCCUUGUGCUCCUACUCACUCCAUUCCUAUUUCGUCGUCCCAAGCAAAGAUGGCCCGCGCCAACAGCCGCAUCGAGCUUCUCCUGGUCAAUCUCACCGGCCUUCAGAACUUCUCCCUCCUGACGGUCCUGGUCGCCUUCUUCCUCUGUCUAGCUCCACAUGUCUACGCUGUCAGCCUCACCCGGGGCAACUUCAAAGCUGAUGCGCCACGAAGCUACGUUGCCUCUAUGCAGAAGAAGCAGAACAAGACAGAAACGGAUCUCAGGUUCCUCCGCGCUGAGGCGGCCCACCUGAACGGUUUCGAGACGCUAGCGCUGUACGCAGUGGCCAUCUCCAUCGGCAAUGUAGCUGGGCUCCCCACGAGCCAAUUGAACAGCCUCAGUCUCUUCUACAUCCUCUCACGCAUCAUCUUCAUCCUCUCCUACAUCUUCCUCUCCACCCCUACCCUGUGGUGGAUUCGCUCCCUCAGCUACUUUGGCGGGAUAGCAGUCAUCUUCAGACUCUUCUGGUCUGCAGCAGCGGCCCUGCAGUAGUCACAGAGAUGCAGAGGAAGAAGAGAGGGAGUGGAGAUGAGCAGGAGCCGGCAAACGGAGGAAGAGAAGCUACGAGGGUCGAGCAGGUGUGGAGGGUCGAAGGCAAAGAGGGGCUGGCCGGCCAUAUGCCAGCCCGCUGAGGGCCAAUGUUGUGAUAUCCUUGGACAAUGUGAUACAAUUACACAGGCUUCACGAGACUACGUGAGAGACCU